UCUGCAGGCACGAUUACGUGAAGCAAUGGAAGCGGAUGGAAUUAAUGUCGACGAAUUCGAAUUUGAUGGCCCAGAAACUUCUACAAAGGUAGAAGAAAAAGUAGAAGAACAACGAACAUCAUCAAGCGUAGACACGAACAUGCUGUUAGUGGCUAUUAAGCAAAUAGCAGAAAAUGCAGUGCAAACAGAAAAUCGUCUGGCACAGCAAAUAGCAGAAAAUGUAGUGCAAACAGAAAAUCGUCUGGCACAGCAAAUAACGCAAAUAGCUGAAAAUACAUCACAGUUAGAGUCUCGCCUUACACAACAGAUUACGGAAAAUACUACACAACUACAAAAACAAGUGCAAGAGAAAUUUUCAAAAUUUGAAGACGAAUUAAGCACUUUAAAAAAUGGCGAAGAAAAUUUAAAAUCAGAAGUUCUGCAAUUAAGUAAUCGUGUGCGAGAACUGCAACUACAUGGCCCUGCACCAUCAACAAAUAAUCAAAGAUUGAAGGCACCCACAUUCGAUGGAAGUAUUCCAUUUCAAAUUUUCAAACUUCAGUUUGAAAAGACAGCAACGGCCAAUAAUUGGAAUGCAGCGGACAAAGUGGCGUCCUUGUUUGUAUCAUUGAAAGGACCGGCAGCAGAAAUCCUUCAGACUAUUCCAGACUGUGAACGGGACAACUAUGAGGCAUUGAUGAGUGCGAUAGAAAGACGUUAUGGUAGUGAGCACCGGAAACAAAUAUACCAGAUCGAACUGCAAAAUAGGGGUCAGAAGAUGAACGAGUCAUUGCAAGAGUUCGCAACUGAAAUAGAACGACUGGCUCAUUUGGCAAAUGCAGAUGCACCUGUGGAUUACAUUGAGAGGGUAAAAAUUCAAUGUUUCAUAAAUGGAAUUCGUGAUGUGGACACCAAACGCGCCACAUAUGCAUUGCCAAAAAGAACGUUUGCUGAAACGGUUUCGCACGCCCUCACACAGGAAACAGCUUCCCUACUAAGUAAACCAGCACACAAAGUACAAAGGGUUGAAAUGGAACAACCGGCGCUGAUGGAAGAAAUAUUGAAGACUCUGAAGACAAUUGCUGCACAGCGAGUAAAUACAACAGGCAGAUGUUUCAACUGUAGAAAAUCGGGUCACUUUGCCCGAAAUUGCAAGAUAAAAGUAAACCCAUCAAAAUGGAAACAACCAACAGAACACCGAAAGAGGAUUCACCACAAAAAUGCGGAUGCAUUAUCACGUCGCCCUUGUCCACUGGAAUGUAAACAUUGCUCCAAAUCAGAAGGAAAAGAAGGUAUAAUCGACGUGCGAUUACUGAAUAUAGAACCUGAAGAUGAUUGGACUCCUCAUCGCAUCAGAAUCAAUCAGCUGGAGGACCCUGAUCUUGCAAAGCUGGUAAUGGCCAAAGAAAAAGGGGUACGACCACCAAAGGAACAAAUAAGUAACGAGAGUCCAACGGCAAAAGCAUAUUGGGCCCCAUGGAACAGCAUAAACCUCGUUAAUGGAUACCUUCAUCGUACCUGGGAAAGCGAAGAUGGCAAACAUUCUCGUCUGCUGAUCAUAGUACCGAAGUCCAUGAUCCCAAAAGUAUUGAAAGAAUAUCACAAUGGACCUAGUGGAGGGCACCUUGGAAUAACAAAAACUAUAGAGAAGAUUAAACAACGGUUCUACUGGAUCGGUUGUCGAGAUUCCAUAGCAGAAUGGAUAAGUAAUUGCGUAGAGUGCAUGGCAGCUAAAGGUCCUAAAGCCAAAAGUCGCGGUAGGCUACAACAGUACAACGUGGGAUCACCAUUUGAACGAGUCGCAAUGGAUGUCGCAGGUCCGUUCCCAACCAGUACGGCCGGUAACAAAUAUCUACUGGUUGUCAUGGACUAUUUCAGUAAAUGGCCAGAAGUAUAUGCCUUACCAAACCAAGAAGCGAAGACAGUAGCCGAAGCGUUUGUAGAAAAUUGGGUAACAAGGUUCGGAGUGCCCGUCGAAUUACACUCAGAUCAAGGCAGGAAUUUCGAAUCUUCCAUUUUCCAAGAAGUCUGUACAUUAUUGGGCAUCCACAAGACGCGGACAACAGCGUUACACCCACAAUCAGAUCGGAUGGUAGAGAGAUUUAAUCGAACGCUCGAAGAACAUCUGCGGAAAAUCGUCGAUAAAGAUCAACGGAAUUGGGACAAGUGCAUCCAGAUGUUCCUGCUGGCGUAUCGUUCAGCGAAGCACGAGACAACUGGUUACACGCCAGCAAAGAUUAUUUUCGGAUCUGAUCUGCGACUCCCUGCUGAUCUUAAGUUUGGAACGAAUCCUACAGCUGUAAGAAAUGAUGGAGAUUAUUGUUCUGCCUUAAAGGAAGAAAUGAAUGAAUUGCAUCUAAUGGUAAGACAGCAUACGCAUCUGAUGAGCAAUAAGAUGAAGGACCGGUUCGAUCAAGCGGCAAAUUCAAAAGGUUUUGAAGAAGGUGAUCUGGUCCUGUUGUACAAUCCACUUCGAAAGAAAGGCUUGUCCCCGAAACUGCAGACAGCCUGGGAAGGACCCUAUAUGGUGAUGAAACGACUUAAUGACGUGGUAUACCGCAUACAAAGAAAUGGAAAAGCACGAUGUAAAAUGAAAGUAGUACAUUUGGAGAGGCUCGCCCCAUUUGGUUCAAGAGGAUUUGUGCCUAAUCGGGACGAUUAGGCUUUAGUGGAGGGCAGUGUUACAAAAGUAGUAUUAAGUUGUGUUACAAAAGUAGUAUUAAGUUGUAUUUGUAUUACUAUAUGCAUCCCUGAUUAUGAACAAUAGCUGUAGGUAUAUGGAAUAGCAUUUGUCUUGUUGUAGACAUCUGGCGCCACGGCUGUCUGCUCGUCGAAACAAUAGACAUCUGGCGCCACACUGUCUGCUUGUCUAGGUAAACAAUUGCUGAGUCUGGCGCCGCGACUGUCUGCUUGCGUCUGGCGCCGUAUAGCCGUAUGUUCUGGUAAUUUCCAGACGCGAUAUUCUAGAAGGACACGUCGGCAUCAGCGAGAAGUGCGUGGCUAUAUAAGCCGUGGCAGCGCCAACGUAAUCAAUCAGUGCUAAGAGUAAACUGUUAUAGUGUAGACGAGUUGUGAAAUAAAGAGUUGUUGAAUUAAAUUAAACAGUGUUGAUUUUAUUUGUCAAUCCAGAGAUACGAACCUAGCAAAGUAAGCUAGCAAGAGUAAAUUCCUAACAAUAGCAUAACAUACCAUACAUGAAAACUGUCACAUAAAGAAUCUGUCUAGUAGAUUUUCCAUGUAUUUGACCAAAACGAAAGAUCACACGAACACAACCUCAACCCACAAUCUCUGAUAACGCUCUCUGUUUAUUAAGGUAUGAUCCAAGCCAUGUUUGACUUGCAAAAAAAUGAGUACGCACAUAUUUCCGAAAGUACAGAGUUGCAUUGUAAGAGUUUGCAAACAAUAAAUGUGUUUUUGCACAACACUGAUUGCAACGAACAGCUGAUGCAUUAAUUUAUAUUUAUAAGAUAAGCGCGAAAGUGCAAGUUUUAGUUUUGUUUAUACAUAUAUUUCUUCAAUUGUUUAUCAUUUGCAACGUUGUAGUGUUUAUUUUUUUAAAUAACAUUAACCAUUUUCAUACAUAUAUAUACAUAUAAGUUGUAGGCGGUAAAAGCGUAGUUACAAAUUGCAGACAUAUACUAGCAAAUUUGGACAAUGACGAAUCGAAUAUACAGAACAUCAUAAGCCAUUUUGUGUCGAGAGUCGGCAGACAUAGAAAAAUACAAAUCUUUCGUUCAAAAAUCACU